UGCAGCGACGUUAUAACUGCUCCUCGAAGACGUGUUUCUGUCGAAAGGAUCUGGAAGCUGCUCGCCGCCCAAACGCAGUCUUACAAAGACGGGAUGUGCUGGUCGUGGCCGCUCGUGUCUGCGCUGGUGCUCUGCUCGCUCCUGUCUGUGGGGACGGUGAGGACGGCGCCCUGUCAGACCUGCCGCAGACUCACAGACAGCUUCAUCAAGGGUUUGGAGCGAACAGCCAAUAAGAAUUUCGGAGGAGGGAACACAGCUUGGGAAGAGGAGAAACUGGCAAAAUAUGCACGCAGUGAAACGCGUCUGUUAGAGAUCGUAGAGGCUGUGUGUGACAAGUCUGACUUUGACUGCAACAGACUGCUGGAGCAGAUAGAGGACCAGGUGGAGACAUGGUGGUUUCACAGACAGCAGGAAGCUCCAGACCUGUUCCAAUGGCUGUGCAUUGAGGAGCUCAGACUGUGCUGCCCACCUGGACACUACGGGCCUGAAUGCACAGAGUGUCCGUCAGGUCCUGGAGGAGUGUGUGGAGGUCUGGGCCGCUGCGAGGGCGAGGGCACACGUCUGGGAGACGGAGACUGUGUUUGUGACCCGGGAUACUCGGGCGUCCUGUGUCAGGACUGUGCCCACGGAUACUACAGAGAAAAGAGCUCCAACCACACACAGCCACCCUGCUCAGCUUGCCAUCAUUCCUGUAAAAAGUGCACAGGGCCACAAGACAACAAGUGUCUGGACUGUAAGCCUGGAUGGAUCCUUCACAGCAACAAGUGUGUCGAUGUGGAUGAAUGCGGCACUGAAUUGGCUCGCUGUCCAUCCAACACGUACUGCUUCAACACAGACGGCUCUUAUGAGUGCAGAGGCUGUGAUCAGGCAUGUGUGGGCUGCAUGGGAAGCGGACCUGCUCGCUGUAAGAAAUGUGCUCGAGGGUUCAGACUCACUGGAGCAAAGUGUCUAGACAUUGACGAGUGUUCGGAGAGAGCCAUCGCAUGCCCUGGACUCAAUGAAGCUUGUAUUAAUGAGGAGGGAUCGUUCCGCUGCGAGUGUGCCGAGGGCUUCAUUCGACGGGACAGCAUUUGUGUGGAGAAUCUGCCACCGACGGGGCCAGAGAAGGGCUUGUUUGAUGACAUGACGGAUGACGAGGUGCUCGUGCUCCAGCAGAUGUUCUUCGGCGUGGUGAUCUGCGCUCUCGCUACUCUAGCCGCCAAAGGAGACAUGGUCUUCACGGCCAUCUUCAUCGGAGGAGUGGCUGCCAUGGCAGGAUACUGGCUCUCAGAGAAGGGCGACCGCGUGCUGGACGGCUUUCUUAAAGGACGCUAAUGGACUCCCGACAGGGUGACGCCACUGAAACGUGAAGCUCUGGGUUUGGUGAGCGCCGCGGCUCUAGGAAUGCAUGUCAAUCAGGGACGUUUAGCACCGGGCUGGAGUGGCAAUAGCAGGACUGCUGAUUGAAGCUCUGUGGAUGAUGAUGAUGAUGUUGAAGCUCAUUUAUAACACUGUGUUUCAACAGUUCAACUGCUGCUGUAUUUAUGAGACUCCGCACGGUUAGUAAUGGAUAUGUCUGGCCAAACCCCAAGAGACGUACUGUAUGCAACUCAUUCAGGUAGAGGUACUGUACAUACUGGCAUUCCCACUACAUUAUUGUCAUUUACGCCCUUUUACACAUGGAUACUGUGUUCCUUUUUAAAAUCUGUCCCAAUGCAUAAGACUAUUUAUUUUAAAAGUGACACAAAGGAUGCUCCAGAGGUCUUGUUUGAAAUGCUCCCGAAUGCAUGAAUGCAGCACCGUCACAGAAGAUGUCCAGUGUGUUCGCUCUCAAACCAGGACGGUGUGAUUGUGUGUGUGUGUGUGUGUGUGUGUGUGAGAGAGAGAUAAAGUAGUGUUUUCAACAUUAAAGGCAAAACAAUUUCAACAGGGUUCCCACACUUUUUGAUCAAUGAAUUUCCAUUAACACUGGAUACGUUUUUUUUUUCCUUUAUAUUAGUCUCUUUGAUUCAGACCAGUUUGUGAGCUCGUUCAGCAGAUUCUUUGAACUAUCACAAGUUUUACUCUUCACAACGCAAUAUCUACUGAGCACAACUAGAAAAUGUGUUGGCCUAAUCAUUAUUGAGAUUUUACUUAUAGGAUUUUGUUGAAUAUCACGACCAGGAAAACACUGAAACCACCAUUUUAAAGCUAGCUGAUUUUCUCUGGCUGUGGAACCCUGUUUUAAAUAUGCAACCGGUAGAAUAUAGUAAUGAAUGUGAUUUACCGUUUAACUGAGUGUACUGUACCUGCAGAUUCAGCACAUGUGGCCUUCCAGUCAUUUCUUUGACAGAUGUUUAGUUUCAGCACAAGCGGCUUUAGUGCAUUGAUCAUAUCGUAUGUGCAUGCUUUAACUUCUGCUUUAGAUGAAAAUGUGGAAAUAUUUCAUCACAGAUUCUAUUUGUCUUGUUUGUCAUAUUUAUUUUUUGUCCGAUGUGAAUAUGCUCUAUAAUGAUAGACAGCUGAGAUGUGGGCAUGACUUCUGCCAGCCUUAAUGUGAAGUAUGUUUUGAGUUGUUUUAUCACCUGUUGUUAGGUUAGAGUGGAAGACAUUGAUCUAAUUAAAAACCUGUUUAAUUGACUUGCUUUACUCAUGUAUACCUAGUGACACAGAACUCUACAAUAGAAACCGUUUGAAACUAACUCUUUUACAGGCACACUAUUUGGCAUUAUGAACUCCACAAAACUUUUUGUCUCGCUUUUUAAAGUUAACAUGAAAUCAGAAUGGUGAUCGAUUCAUCAGCGCAUGCUACUGCAAAGAACGUU